AUGGCCGCUAUGGAUCCGAGAAACAACGGCUACGUUGAUCCGCUAAAUGAGCGGGAGAGAGAUGAAGAUUUGGAAGUUGCUGAGGUGGUAGAGGUUCAAGAUGAUCAAAGUGUGGUCUCUCUUAAGUCCAACGAUUCUGAGUCUAAGAAGAAGACCAUCAUGGAGAAUAAUGGAUGGACAAACGCAAUCAUUUUGCUAGGAAAUCAAGGGUUAGCGACGUUGGCCUUCUUUGGGGUGGGAGUGAACUUGGUGCUGUUCCUAACGCGUGUUCUAGGACAAGGCAAUGCAGAGGCUGCCAACAACGUAAGCAAGUGGACAGGAACAGUUUACAUGUUUUCACUUGUUGGUGCAUUUCUUAGUGACUCUUAUUGGGGUCGUUACUUGACAUGCACGAUCUUCCAAGUCAUCUUCGUCCUCGGUGUGGGCCUCCUCUCUUUCACUUCAUGGUUUUUCUUGAUCAAACCUAGAGGUUGUGGCGAUGGAGACCUUAUCUGCAACCCUACUUCUUCCCUCGGCGUUGGUAUCUUUUACUUGUCGGUUUAUCUUGUAGCCUUUGGAUACGGAGGUCACCAGCCAACGCUGGCUACUUUCGGUGCAGAUCAGUUUGGGGAAAACGAUAAAAACUCCAAAGCUGCGUUUUUCAGCUACUUCUACUUUGCACUCAACGUCGGAUCUCUCUUCUCGAACACGAUCCUUGUUUAUUUCGAGGAUAAUGGUUUGUGGACUGAAGGCUUCUUAGUGUCGCUAGGCUCUGCGAUCAUCGCAUUGUGUGCGUUUCUUGCCCCGACAAGACGUUAUCGUUACGUCAAACCAUGUGGGAACCCGUUGCCACGUGUGGCGCAGGUGUUCGUGGCCACUGCUCGGAAGUGGAGUGUUGUUCGACCGGAAAACCACAGGGAGUUGUACGAAGUCGAAGGUCCCGAAUCCGCCAUUAAAGGAAGUAGAAAGAUAUUUCACAGUAACAAAUUUUCAUUCUUGGAUAGAGCCGCGGUGAUUACAGAGCAUGACAGGAACGGGACAAGGAUCAAUGGGUGGAGGUUGUGCAGUGUAACGCAAGUAGAAGAAGCAAAAUGUGUGAUGAAGCUGCUCCCAAUAUGGCUAUGCACUAUAAUCUACUCAGUGAUCUUCACACAAAUGGCUUCAUUGUUCGUGGAGCAAGGCGAUGUGAUGGAUGCACACAUCCGAAAAUUCCACGUCCCGGCCGCGAGCAUGUCGGUCUUUGAUAUAUGCAGCGUAUUAAUAUCAACCGGAAUCUACCGCCACGUCAUAUUCCCUUACGUGAGACCCACGGAACUAAUGCGGAUGGGAAUAGGUCUAAUCAUAGGGAUAAUGGCAAAGGUAGCCGCAGGAUUAACAGAGAUCCAACGGCUGAGACGAGUAGUCCCGGGUCAAAAGGAGAGUGAGCUCUCCAUUUUGUGGCAAAUACCACAGUACGUGCUUGUGGGAGCGAGUGAGGUGUUUAUGUACGUUGGACAGUUAGAGUUCUUCAACGGACAGGCACCGGAUGGUUUAAAGAACUUAGGAAGCUCGUUGUGCAUGGCUUCGAUGGCGUUAGGUAACUACGUGAGCAGUUUGAUGGUGAAUAUUGUUAUGGUCAUAACCAAGAGAGGCAAGAGCCACGGGUGGAUACCGGAAUAUCUCAACGAAGGUCAUAUGGAUCGGUUUUAUUUUCUGAUUGCUGUUUUGGCUGCCAUCGAUUUCGUGUUUUAUUUGGUCUUUGCAAAGUGGUACCAACCAAUAAGCCAUGAUGAAGAUAGCAUCAAGGGAAGUGGUGUGAAUCGGAGGGCUAUCUCCGAGUUAGAUCAAGUUUGA